ACGUGUAUACGUCCCAAGCAGAAGACACGCCGUCACCAUUGCUCGUCACCGUUGUCGUCUUCGCAGGAGCACCUUCGUCGUCGACGUGUACACCGUGCACUCCUGUCGGCAGUCCCCGGGAUCGAUGUUGUGCGCCCCUGCAGACGUGGAGUCUUCUUUAUUUCGCGACGUCCACCUCCACAGUUGAAGUUGUAGGUGAUGGACAUGAACGGGGAGGUGGGGCGCGACACACUCAGCAAGACAAGGCGGACGGUGGUGGUAGCAGUCAUCAACGCCAUCCUCAUCCGCUGUCAGGUGCAGAGGACUGAGGGGAGGAUGAAAGCGGCCAUUCACACACGGAGGAAGAAGACACUGCCGUCCUUAAAUGUGGAGGAAGAUGGCAGUGCUGCCAUUUGCGACGCCAUACUGCAGAUCUGCUACGCCAUGGGGUGUGAAGGGUUUCCCAGAGCGCCUCCCAGGUGGUGGAUGAAGCGACGUACAGGGGGGACGUGGGAGGAUCUGCGGCAUUGCGACGACGCGACGGCGGACUACUUCAAGGACAAGCUGCGCAUGUUGCUGUGUGUGUUCCGAGAGAUAGCGGAAACUCUGUCUCCCUUCCUUGAACGGCGUGUGACUUUCUAUAGGGAGCCCCUCCAGCCUGACCACAUUGUCGCCUACGCUUUGUACAGAUGGGCGUCGGGGGAGACGUACGAGAGCGGGACAUGCAGCUUCAGCAUUGGCAGAUCUUCAGGGUUGGUGGCUGUACGGGAUGUAACUGCGGUGUUGCUGACUGCGUACCCCGACAAGAUAUCGUGGCCAACGGGAUUGCAGAAGGCGGUCGUCUUGCGCGCUUUCGCUGACAAGGGUUUCCCUAACUGCCAUGGGUGCAUCGCCUGCACCCACAUCUUCAUCGACAAGCCAACGAAUUGCCCCGGGGAGGAGUACUAUGACAGAAAACGUCGUUUUUCCGUCCAGCUGCAGGUGAUCGUCAAUCUGAGUUAGUGCUGGCUGGAUGUGUUCGUCGGAUAUCCAGGAAGUUGCCAUGACGUAAGGAUCGUCCACCUGUCGAGUUUAUGGGUGCGCGCGGAGGCAGGGCAGCUUUUCAUUGGACCGCUUGUCAUGCUGCCUUUCGGUGUGCGGACAAACGGGUAUCUACUAGGCGACAACGAUUAUCCCCCCUCCGAAUGGGUAGUCGUCCCCUACGGUGGUCUCACACAGCAACCGUUGGAGUUGCGCUUCGACAACAAGCAGAAGACAACGAGGGGAGCAAUCGAGAGGGCUUUCGGAAGAUUGAAGGGGAUGCGGAGGUUAUUCCUUCGCUCCCACAAGACGAACAUGGAUACGUUGCCGCAAUAAUUCGUCGUCGCCUGCAUUCUGCACAACGUA